UCCCCGCCCACCCCUCCUUCCUCCCCCUCCCCCUCCCCUGCAUCUUCGCAGCUCUCGCUCUCUCCUCGCCCGCUGGGUGCUGAAGUUGGGCGGAUGGCAGGAAACCGGCUCCGCUAGAGGACCGAGCCGCCCAGCCCCGCUCCCCCGGACCCAUCGGCGCGCUGCCCACACCUCCAGGCGACCGGCUUUUUAUCACCCUUUGCUGAAUUCUGAGUAUAUUCCUUGGCACCAUCUUUGGGAUUCUUUUGGAAAGAGAUGACCAACUGGGUCCUGAAGUAGCUGAAAUGCGAAAAAGGCAGCAGUCCCAAAAUGAAGGAACACCUGCUGUGUCUCAAGCGCCUGGAAACCAGAGGCCCAACAACACCUGUUGCUUUUGUUGGUGCUGUUGUUGCAGCUGCUCCUGCCUCACUGUUAGGAAUGAAGAAAGAGGGGAAAAUGCGGGAAGACCCACACACACUACAAAAAUGGAGAGUAUCCAAGUCCUAGAAGAAUGCCAAAACCCCACUGCGGAGGAAGUCUUGUCCUGGUCCCAAAAUUUUGACAAGAUGAUGAAGGCCCCAGCAGGAAGAAACCUUUUCAGAGAGUUCCUCCGAACAGAAUACAGCGAAGAGAAUCUACUUUUCUGGCUUGCCUGUGAAGACUUAAAGAAAGAGCAGAACAAAAAAGUAAUCGAAGAAAAGGCUAGAAUGAUAUAUGAAGAUUACAUUUCUAUACUAUCACCAAAAGAGGUCAGUCUUGAUUCUCGAGUUAGAGAGGUGAUCAAUAGAAAUCUGUUGGAUCCUAAUCCUCACAUGUAUGAAGAUGCCCAACUUCAGAUAUAUACUUUAAUGCACAGAGAUUCUUUUCCAAGGUUUUUGAACUCUCAAAUUUAUAAGUCAUUUGUUGAAAGUACUGCUGGCUCUUCUUCUGAAUCUUAAUUUUCCUUUUAAAACAAUCAUUUUGGAGGGCUGAGAUGGGAAAUAAAAGUAGUUAAAUAACAUCAGACACUGAGUUCCUGGAGAACUACAGUUUAGCAUUCCUCAGGCUACUGUGAAAACACAACCAUUAUGGUCUUUGUCUCCAUUUUUAUCAAGGUUAUCCAUGGCUAAGUUUGGAGAAAAUAUCACACCAAACAAUGAAUUGCCAAAUUGUUUGUUUUAUUCAACACUCAUUCUACUUGCAAGCAAGUGUAUUUGUAGUCCUACAAACAGUCUCCUAGUGUAUCUCCAGAGACUGCAUGUGCAAAGUAAAACUGCUUCAUUUGCCACGUAGUUGUUGUAAUAUUUAAUCCAAUAGCAUAACUUAUAUCUGUAUUUAAGGACUUUUGUGCAAUAUGAUCUUAAGAAAUAAUUGCCAAAAAAUCGGCCAUGGUUUGCAUUUUUUAACAUAAUCUAAGACAAAAAAAAGCAAUUUUUACGAUGUAACAAUGGUAUUCAACAUUCUAUAUACUGUGUUUAGUAUGCUAAUUUUGAAGCCAAUAUUUCUGUACAUGAAAAAGAGCUAUUUAUCUCUGUUUGUUGGAAAAUCCUAAUAGGGAUUUCUCUGGUUGUUCACUGCCAAAACUGUGGCAUUUUCAUUACAGGAGAGUUUGCUAUGCUAAAAACAAAAACAAAAAAAAAAAAAGGAAGAAGAAAAGAAAAAAAGCACAAAACAAUUUGAAGAUAUCCUAUCUCAAUGACAAAUCAGAGUGAUAUUGCUUUUAAUUGUAACAGAAGAAAAUGAAUUUAUGUAUAUAUCAGAUGUCCAAUACUGUAAUUAAUUUAUUAAAGACUGGCUCUCCAGUUUUAAAAUGGUCGUGUAAAGUUAUGUACUUCAGCAAGAAAAAAAUAAUAAGCUUGAUAACUUAGUUUUGGAAUAUAAAGGAAAGGAUUUAAUAAAGGAAUGCCUACAUGUAGCACUGUAAAACAUUUUGAUGAAUACCAUCUGUCCUGUGGCAUAUUUUCCUUGAACGUGAAAUCCAAUGAAGCUAAGUUUUUUACCAGAAAAAGUUUUAUAAGGGUUAAGAAGAAGAUUCUCUACUUCAGACCUUAACUGUUUUCACAUAAUAUCUUAAGGAUGACAUUUUAAAGAUGUUUAGACCAAACUAUUAAUUUUCAUCCAUCAUUAAAAGGCAGUACAGUGCUCAGAUUUUCCAGCUGCCAUAUUAUUUUUUAUAAGUACACUAAAUCUUUAAGACAAAACACCUGCCUGACAUUGUCAUGUACUUCUGACCUUAAAGGAAACAAUAUUCUGUCAUGCACAAAAGUGAUAAUUAAAAUAAUCAGUGUCAUAUUUAUAUCAAAGUGUUACAUUUGAAUAUUAAUAUCCCCUGAAGACUAUUUUUUUAAUAUUAAACUGAAUGAAUAUAAUACUGAGUAACCUAAAAUGAAAGUUUUAAAAAGAUUUAUAUCCACUGAGAACACUGGCCUUAUAUUAAGGAUGAUAUUACAGUUACAGGUUUUCUUUGUCAUUUUUUUAACUACCUCUCAUUUUUUAAUUUAUUAAACAUUUUUUAAAAAACAAGUUUGGGGGUUUCUUUUAAAAUUUGUUUUACUUGAAAGGUUGGCAUUGUAAGUUUCUUUUUCCAUAAACUUAAAACAUUUCAAAAAUUGUUUUUCUAAGCAAGUAUGAUUUUCUAAUUUAUAUAGAAUUCAGGAGACAUGAAUAAAAGGGCUAUUAUCUAUUCCCUAUGCAAAUAUUUUAACUGUUGCAGUGUUUGACAAAAUGGGAUUUUUAAAAAAUUGCAGAGUAGAAAACAAAAUAUUCUGUUUACACUGGCGUUGCUGACUAUCCUACCAUAUUCAGCACUUUUAAAUACAUUAUUUAUGAAAAUGUAGUUAAAAAUGCAAGAUAGACAAUAUUUAUAAUAAUCAUUUCUUUUAACAAAUGCUUGUGUUUUCUGAAAGUGUUAGUGUGUUAAGACAUAUUUUAUUCAUGUCAUUUAAAUACUAUUUGAAUAAUAGUUUUCAGUAAUAUGUUGAAAAAAGAUAGCUAUGAAGAUGUUUACAAAAGUCAUAUUUUUUCCUAAAGAGUACAGAAAAACCUAAAAUAAUCAUCACUUCUAUUGUGAAGUUCUAUUGUUCCUAAAUUAUUUAAUUUUUUCUUGCUUAGAAUUGAGUUUAUUAUGCUACUAUGAUAUAUACACAUGUAUGGUGUAGUAUCAUGUUUGUUUCUGUGUUUGAGGCACAAUAAAUUGGUGCACAUGACUAGAAAAUAUGUAAUAUACUGUGACACAGUGCAUGCAUCAAUCUUUUUAAAUGUAGACUUUAUAUUCUUGUUGUUACUAUAUAUGAUGGUGACCUGCUAGUCGUUAAGUUAUCUUUAUAAGAUACUUUGGACUAUUAGAUGAAUUGUCUGUUUGACAAUACCUUUAAUAUUUUACCAAAUGUAAAAGAUAAGGGCCCUUAUAAAGAGUCCUCAUCUCUAACCUGGGCAUUUGUAGAACACAGAUUUUAAAGUUGGUAUAUCCUUUUGAAACCUGAGUCGGAAGUUGUGUUCAGAAAGAUUCUAAACCCAAUUUACACAUCAGAUGUUGAUAACCAUGCUAUGUGAGCAUUUCUGUGCUAAACUCAUAUUUUUGGGUGAAGGGAGGGUUUCUCAUUUCAGAGUACGUCUGUGUAUUUGCAACUCUACUAAUUUUCUAAGUAUGAUAUAAUUUCUUCUGUUUAAGUUACAGAGCUAUUAUAAAUAAACAAAAAAGCCUUCAACUGGUGUCUAUGCUACCAUUCCAAGAGCACAAUAUUUGUUUUAUUAGAAUUUGAGUUUUCCUAGUGAGUAAAUUCCUCCCUGGGGAAAAUCAGCACUUUAAAAGGGACACUUUGUGUGUUUGAUUGCCACGGUGUCUUUGUAUACUGUUAGAAUUUGCUGAUGCACACAGAAAGAGAUUAAUGCGCUUUCUACAGUGCCUAACUUUAGAUGUAUAAAAGAAAGAAAGUAGAGGAUAUAGAUUAUGUAUACAUAAAUAAAUUGGAGAUCCAGAUUUCUUCAGAGAUUGAGCUUAUACAUAAAUCACACCAGUAAUGGAUGGAUGGCACGUCUUUCCUCAGGCUGUUAUGUUAUCCAAAGGUAGUAUAGAUGCUCUGACAGUGUUAGAGUGUACACAUGAACAACAAGAAUGAAACACAACUUUGAUAAUGAAGUGAUGAAAUGCAAAAGUCAAGACCAUAAUGUGAUCUCUUUUUUUUUUGAAAUUUUAAAAUAUGUACAUAGAAUGACCAGCUCUGAUAAGUGGUCAUAGUGCAUGGGGUGUGUAUUAGUAUCCUUUAAUGCUGCCUAGGUUCUGACUUACAGAUGAAAUAUGUAUGGUUUAUUUACCUGAUAGUUCAGUUUUGCCAAAGGACUAUAUGGAUAAGUAAAAAAUGUUUAUUAGGAGGAAAAAUACACCUUCAUCCCAUUAAGCUGAUUUAAAAUAAUGCCUGAUUGUUACUUUUGAGAUUAUACAUUUUUCUAUGCUUUUAACUUAUACUUUUAAAAACCAUAUUGUAAUUGUGACAAAAUAUUCUUCCAAAAACUACCAAUUAUUGGAUGCUUUGUUGUCAAAUGUAAAGAGAAAAAAUUCAAAAUAUAAUCAAAAAGUCAAAAAAUAAAACGUAUUUGAAAACCACCUAUAUUUCCUGGCCAGGCACAGUGACUCAAGCCUAUAAUCCCAGCACUUUGGGAGGCUGAAGAGGGUGGAUCACUUGAGCUCAGGAGUUUAAGACCAACCUGGCCAACAUGGUGAAACCCCAACUCUACUAAAAAUACAAAAAUUAGCCGGGUGUGGUGGUGGAUGCCUAUAAUCACAGCUAAGGCAGGAGAAUUGCUUGAACCCAGGAGGCAGAGGUUGCAGUGAGAUGAGAUCAUGCCACUGCACCCCAGCCUUGGCAACAGAACGAGACUCCAUCUCAAAAAUAAUAAUAAUAAUAAUAAUUUUUUAAGUCUUAAAGAGACAGGAAAUGCCUAUAUAUAGAAGUCUAUCAAACAUGUAAUUUGAGUACUUUGGGCUUGAUACAUUAAAAAAUUAUUUUGAAAGAUGGUAAAGAUAUUUCCAAAAAAUAUUUUUGCCUAUUUACAUUGACGGUUUAUGACCAUAAUUUUCUAAGUAUAUUUUUCAAGCAUGUAUUUUUGUGUUUUCCAUCUUCAAAUUUCUAAUAUAAAAUGGUUUGCUCUCUGUGAAAACAAUAUCCAAUCUGCAAAAGUUUUAGUAAUUCUUCACUUGCUACGGCUGCAAAUAUUUAUCAAUAAAACUGAUAACCCAAAACUUGCUUCAGAUUUUCUCUGCAAUGCUUAAAAUAUCCUUGUAACACAAAUCAGCGCACAAUGACAAGUAUUAGUUCUAAAUACCUGGAUUUGAUUUCUUUCUACGUAUUUUUAAAAUUAUUACUCUUAGAGGUAUAGUCCUCUUCAGCCCCAAGUGACAUCUUUUCAGAUGAAUUCAAGGGGAUGUUCAAGACAUUGACUCUAGUAAAAACACUACAGAAGGCAAAAUGCUGCCCUAACUGAUAGAAGGCCCCAGUUUGGGAACUGAUUUUAUUCCUAUGACAAAGUUCUAAGAUGACUAGGGAAAAAAAACACUAUCAAACAUUGAUGACAAUAACCAAAUAUAAUAUUUUAAAAUAUGUCAUAUGUGCAAUGUGAAAUUCAUUCUUACCUCAUUAUUUCUCAUAUUAAAUCUCAUUUCAGAAUUUCAAAACUGCUGACUUAUACCUAACUGCUAUUACUACCUUACAGCUUUUAAACAGUUAGAAAUAAAGAUUUUAGAAUAAUAAACAGAUUGUAUUUCUGUCCUAAGCUUGGAUGCAUUUCCUUUCUAAAGAUCUAGCUCUUAUUGCUGUAUUAAAGGAAUGCCACAUACAAUACUUACUAGUGGAAAUGUAUGUCCACAGAUUCACUUUGGGAGCAUAAUGUAAAAACAUCAGGAACUGAAAAUUGCAAAUUCUAUUUCAAGUUACAUUUCUGUCUCAAGUGACUUUUGGCAAAUCAUUUAUCUUCUCUGAGUUCAUUUCCUUAUCUGCAAAUGACAAAACAAUUCUCAGGAUGGCUAUGAGCAUUAAAUAAAACAAACAUAAAAAGAAUAAAGUGUGACAUACAUGAUUAUUUUAUCAAAGUUCUUCCACUCAAUAAUCGUUAUUUUAUGCUUGUAUUAAAUAUCAUUUUAGGCCGGGCACAGUGGCUCAUGCCUGUAAUCCCAGCACUUUCGGAGGCAGAGGCAGGCAGAUCACCUGAGGUCAGGAGUUUGAGACCUCUGAAACUCUGUCUUUACUAAAAAAAAAAAACAAAACAAAAAAAAAAAAACAUUAGCUGGGCUUUGUGUCUGUAAUCCUGGCUACUCAGGAGGCUGAAGCAGGAGAAUCACUUGAAGCCGGGAGGCAGAGGUUGCAGUGAGAUCGCACCAUUGCACUCCAGUCUGGGCGACAAGAGCAAGACUCCAUCUCAAAAAAAAAAAAAAAAAGCCAUUAUUAAAUGCGCUUUCCCCUAUUUUUUCCCAAAACAUACCUUAAACAUCUGCUUUAGCUGCUCAUCAAAGCAAUCAUAUUUUAAGCUGGAACGCUACAGCAAUGUCAUUGCUUUGCUCAGUAAUGUGAUCCCAAAUCACUACUUUCAAUUCACCAUCACCUCAAAUCUACUGAAAUGUUUCUUUCAAUGACAUUGAUAGAGAUAGAUAGAUAGAUGAUAGAUAGAUAGAUAGUAGGUUAAAGUUUAAAUAAAUAAUUUGAAAAUUUUGUUUCCAAUGGAAAUAAAACAGCAUUCCCAAGGACACAAAUAAUACCAAGUUUUUGCUAAAUAUAUAAAUGAUAUAUAGGGCUAAGACUAAUUUAUAAAAGACUGACAAUUAGAAAACACUCUUUUUACUAUUAAGGCAGUAUGAUUUUCUUUAACAGUUUUACAAUGAAAAUAAAAAUUAAUAAAAGCUGGUAAUGAGCUGGGCACUGUAGCUCAUUCCUAAAAUCCUAGCACUUCGGGAGGCUAGGGCAGGAGGAUCACUUGAGCUCAGGAGUUCAGACCUGUCUAUGCAACAAAAUGAGACCCUGACUCUAAGAAAAAAUAAAAUGUUUAAAAUAAAAACAAAAUUUAAAAUAGUAAUGUGUCCAUCAAACCUUGUAUUUUAGAGUUUUAGAUUUACAGAAAAACUGCAAAUAGAGAGGUCCCAUAUAUACCUAUGGGACAUCUGUCAAAAUUAAUGAACCAAUAUUGAUCAUUAAGUUUAUACUUUAUUCAGAUUUCUUUAGUUUUUAACCUAAUGUCCAUUUUCUAUCCCAGGAUCCUAUUCAUGAUACCACAUUACAUUUAGUUGUCAUGUUUCCUUAGGCUUUUCUUGGCUGUGACAGUUUCUGAAAUUUUCCUUGUUUUUGAUGACAGUUUUGAGAAAUAAAUUGGUAUUUGUAGAAUGUUCCUCUGUGGGGAUUUGUCUGAUGUUUUUCUCGUGAGCAGACACAUGUUUUUGGUUUUUUGGAAGAAUACAAAGGUAAAGUGCUGUGCUUAUCAUAUGAUAUCAAAAAGUACAUGCCGCAUCAUGAGAACUUCUCUUAGCUGUGACAGUUUCUCAAACUUCAGAUUACUCUUAGCUAUUGAUGUUAACCUUGAUCACUUAGCUGAGAUAGGAUCCAUUCUGUUUCUCCACUGUAAAGUAAUACAUUUUUAAAGAGAUUACGUUGAAGGUAAAUUUUCUGGACAUGUACACUGAGCUAAACAAAUUCUAAGAAGAUUCCUCAACACUAAUACUAGGUUCCACUAGGUGACUACUAAUAAAUGCUAUAAAGAAAAUACAGUGAAGUGGAAAAAUAAAAGACCAAAAGUCUUAGCCUGAAUAUUCACCUAAAGAGGUGAAAGUGAAUUUUUCCCUUGAACUAGCUGCAUAAUUAAUUAUAAUAAUCCUCUAUAUACUUUGGAUAUUAAAGAUGUUAGUCUUACUAAUUGUGAUAAGAGGUAAUUUAAAUUUAACCAUUUUGCUUAGUGCAUUUCUAUAUUACCCUCUACUAAUCAAUGAACACUGAAUAUUGAAAUAAUAUAAAAGAUCUGAUAUAUUUCUGGCCGGCUUUAACUGAUUUGUCAUAAAUAUGUUUCUUGUAUAUGAUUUUUAAAUGUUUGUUAAAUAUUAAAAAGAAUUUCAAUGUGUUUGGUUUUGUAAAAUUACAUAUCGAAUGUGUAUCAUUUUUUUACUACCAUGUUCAUUAUACUUAAUAAUCUAUAUCCACAUAUUGUACUCCACCAAUAUUUAUUAGUGGACAAUAAAGAAUUUUUGAAUGCAUGAAUACAACCUAAGAGGCACCACACUGGUGUAUUUUGCAAUGCCAGAAUAACAGUGGGUACUCAUAAACUGAAUAGAUAAUCCAGAUUAUGGUUCCUCCAGUUUGAGUUUUUCUGGUUUUUUUAUUCUCCCUUCCUAGAAUCAAUUUUAUCUUUUUAUCUAUGUACAAUAAUAUACUUCUGGAAAAUGCUAGAAUUUUCACCAUGUAAUAGAAUUUGAGCAUGACAAUAAUGUAAAAAAAUUCAGAAGUCUCAAACUAGGUAUCUUACUUUGAGUUUUCAAAGUAAACCAAAAUACAGCUGUUUUCAUUUUACUAUAUUGUGGAAACCUAUGGAUGUUAUUGUAAAAGGCACAUGCAUUAUACUGAUUUCCUUAAAAUGUUUUGAAUUAAUAAAGUCAACAAUGUAUCCUUAGAAAGUUACUGUUUCCUCAUUGGUAUAACACUAUAUGAAUACAAGGUACACUUCUGUGUGUUACUUAAAUUGCUUAUGCACUUGGGGGAAGAUAAAUUCUGGCUAUAUUCUUUACAUUGUUCUAUAAGGUUUUAAUUAUUAAAAUUUUGCAAUUUUCAUGAAUAAAAUAUAUCUUGAAAUCAC